AGGACUACAUAAUCGGACCGAAUCCCAAUUUUUUUCUGGGGAACUGGGGACUCUUCCCCAAAAUUAUUUGGAGCAUAUGUUCUGCUUUCACUGCCAAUACAAUAAUAACAAAAACAGUGUAUUAAUAACCAGAUUGUUGUGAUGGCGGUAACAAAAUAUAGGUAUUGUUGUUGCUGUGCUGACAAUGAUUGGCCGGUUCCAUUGUCCAGGAAACAGCUUAAUAAAAAUUCUGUUUGUAUUUGUUAUACAGAAAGGUUUUUUUUUUGUAUUACACUUAGACUUUGCUUUGUGAUAAUAAUAGUAGCUAUCGUAAUUUAUUAAUGAUCGACUAUUAAUUCGUGUGAGAAGUUUGGCGGCGUCAUCACAGAGCAGUAAUUAUACGAUAAUCAAUUUUAGCGCUACGUUAUACUUUUCACAGGCAUAAAUACAACUGUCGAUAUAUAACGUGUAUAUAUAAUCUGUGUUUGAUAAGCUUUUUUAAUGAUUAUACUGCUGUUGUAUUUCAAACUUUGUAUUCAAUCGUUGUAUUGGGGUCUUCGUGCGAUUUUUAUCAUUUUUCCAUUUUCCAUGGGUUUUUAUAACAGAAAUUAGUAAUUACUUCGACAAAUUUAACAAACAAAUUUAUGGUGCAUAAUUUAGUAGCGCUUGUUAAAGUGUUGCGUUGGGUUGUGCAUAGACCACUAGUUAGUUUUCAUAGAGUUAAGAAUUAAAAAUAUUAAAUAAGUGAGCAAAAUAAAAUUCGUAUUAAGCCAGCUAGCAGUAAUUGAGUCCAACCAUGACUUUACUUGCGGAAAUUAAGAAGUUAAGACUGAUACACUUAUGUAUAGCCAUCACAUUCUUCAUAUCGGGUCUGAUGAUCAAUUUUGUGCAGCUGAUAUUGCAUUUGACAUUGAAACCCUUCAAUGUUGUGCUUUUCAGACGCAUCAUGUACUAUCUCUGCUAUUCGUUAAACGCACAACUAUUAUUUGUUGCCGAGUGGUACUCGAAUAGUAAAUUACAUGUGUACAUCGAUCCAAAUGACUUGGAGAAAUACGGUGGCAAAGAACAUGUUUUGCUAAUAAUGAAUCAUACAUAUGAAAUUGACUGGCUGGCCGGUUGGAUGUUUACGGAGAAGAAUGGUGUUUUGGGUAAUUGCAAAGCGUAUGCGAAGAAAGCCAUUCAAUAUGUGCCCGCAAUCGGUUGGGCCUGGUAUUUCGCGGAGUUUGUGUUCCUAGAGCGUUCCUACGAUAAGGAUAAGGAAAUAAUUGCGCGUCAAUUGAAAGAGGUGUUUGCAUAUCCAGAUCCGGUGUGGCUACUGCUAAAUGCCGAAGGCACACGUUUUACACCGAAAAAGCAUGAGGCGUCCGUUAAAUUCGCACAAGAGCGUGGUAUGACUGUACUGAAACAUCAUUUAAUACCACGCACAAAAGGCUUCAUCGCCAGUCUGCCCUCAUUGCGUGGACGCUGCCCAGCCAUUUACGACAUUAACUUGGCUUUCAAAAAAGACGCGAAGCACCCACCGACUAUUUCUACGUUAUUAAAUGGCUACCCCAUUGAGGGCUACAUGUUUGCACGCCGUAUCCCACUCGAGAAUGUACCUGAAGACGAGGCAGCAGCUGCUGAGUGGCUGCAAAAUUUGUUCCGCGAGAAGGAUCGCAUUAUCGACAGCUUCCACACAACCGGCAGUUUCUUUGAGACAUCAGGUUUCAAGGAAGUGCCCGUUAAGCAUUUCAAAUAUCGGCCAUAUGAUCUACUGAAUUUUGCACUCUGGGCAAUAUUUUCCAUCUCAUUAAUACUCUACUAUCUAGUGGCUUCAUUUUUGGCACAAAAUUGGAUUGGUCUUUCGAUUGCCGUCGGCAUACUGUUAACAAUCUACAUACUGAUGGUGAAGUCAAUCAAUAUGUCGAAAAUCAGUAAAGCUUCCUCAUAUGGUUCGGAAACAACAAAGUCGAAGUAAUACUAAUAUCUAGCAUACGAAUGUAUGAGAUUCGCGAGCGACCAUCCAUAACAAAUUUUACCAAUACGCACAAGCGUAGACCCAAAAAAAAAAAAAAAACAAGCGUACAAACGACGAAAUUCUAGCAUAUAUAGUCAUAAAUGUAAUUCCACUGUUAUGUUCGUUAAGAGAACGGCAAUCAUUUAGUUUAUAUUUUGUUGAGAAAAGUAUCAGCGAACAAUUUACACACACAUAUUUGAGUAACACUUGCGAUAAUAUAUUUACAAAAAUAUAAGUACAAAAUACAUUUCAAUGUAUUUAAGGCAAAUUGCAUGGAGAAUCUGUUGUAAUUAUUAAAUUGAAACAUUUGUAUUUGAACUAUAGUAAAAUAGCGUUGAAUGAUGGAAUGAGUUAGGCCAACAGUCGUCUAAUUGAAAUGAAUUGUGUAAGUCCAAAUUUACAACCAACUAGCAUUCCAUUGGUCAGUAAUAUGAAUUUGCGUUGAAUGAGAAAUUAUAAAGUCUUCUUGAAAGUGUUUUCACAUAAUCAUAAAGCACAAUGAAACCACCUAUAACAAUUAGUACUAUUUUUAAGAUUAUAAAACAGUCCUAGAACAUGAGUUUUAAGAAAAAACUUCCUUUAGUCUUAAUUGUAAACCAAAAGAGCUGUUUAAAUGGAUAUAAUUAUUGUAAACAGUAAUGAGACGAACAAACGUAAAUGCUAACGUAUAUAAAAUGAAUAUAUUUCAUUUGUAAAAAUAUUGAACUGUUGCAUAUUUGUUUAAUAAUAGUUAGUAUUAUUAUUAUUACCUUCCGGUAGUUGUAACCGAAUUGACACUCACUAAAUUCUGUAUUUAAUAUUUUAAAUAUUUUUUAUUUCUUUAAUAACCCGUUACAAGUGUUAUGAAGUCACAAUACAAGCGCAUAAUCGAUAAGAUUAGAAGAGAUUUUUCAUAAUUGUAUGCUAUACUCAAAAACUAUAUUAAAAGUAUUGCAAUCCACUUUUAUCAUUUAAUUAAAGAUAAAUAACAGGCAAAGUCCAGGUUUCAUGCUUGUCAAUAUUAA